CUCAGACAGGAGGCACACACGUCUGCGGUGAUGUGCGGAGGUAUAUAUACAGAGACGAUCCUGACAGUCCUGUAUUACAUGCACACACAUACAAUCAGAAAAAGGGGAUCCAUCAAUGACCCUUGAGAGAUCUUGCUUCUGACUACAACAAAAUUCAACUGACCUUGCAGUUAAAAAACAAACAACAAAUGGCUGCAGGCGUGGUGACAAACUUCCUCGUCCGGGCCCAGACUCCAUCCUACUUCCCUCUGUUUUUCAAACACUCUCCAUCCAAGGAAGAAGAGAUGCAAGAGGACAAGCCAGAGGCGCAGGACGAGGAAGAAGAAAAAGAAGUAGAUGAGGACGAGGAGGAGGAUGAAGAAUCAGAAGCUCAAGAGGAAGAGGAGGAAGGUUUAGAGGAGGUUUUCUUAGAUGUGACCAAGCAGCUUCUGAGGUUUGCAGACCUCAUAAGCCAUGAUGUACAGCGGUAUUUUGGUCGCUGCUCCAGCGAUCAAGAGGCCUGCAACAUCUACAGCGACUCGGUCACUGUGACAGGCAGCGGACGCCUGCGGUAUUACGACGAUCUCCUGAAAAUCGCAAGAGCAGAAAGUCCAGAGGAGCAGGAAAACUGCUUUGUUACUUGUGCGGAUGAUCAGGAGGUCAGGCAUGCUAAAGGCAACAGUGGUUUGGGGCCCCUGGCUGAACUGUUUGACCAAAGGGGUCAGAGUCAGGGCCGCGGGAGAGGGCGCCCCAUGAUAAAGCGACAUCUCCCACUUAGUUUCUGGACUGAGCCGAUCCCAUGCUGCUCUCUCGUUGGUUUUGACACCUCUGAUGUCACACAAACAAACAGUGAGAACCUUUUACAGGACAGCACACACACGGACGCUAUCACACAGAUCCACUACAACCUGCUGCCACACCACAACACACACACCCUGGACAGUGCUCAGCCAGACUUCAGCGACCUGCUGGCAAACUGGGAUCCAAACCCGGAGCUCACACAUACACUGACGGAGAGCACACACAUGCAGCGCUAAACGUACAAAAAUACUUUGACCUUUGAACUUGAUAUAUAUUUGUGAAAAGUUUAAUAAAAAGAAAAGAAAAUCAA